CGCAGAGCUACCUCCAGGCGGAACCCGGGCGUGCGGGGCUCCUGCAACCUAAACACCCGGUGUGAAAGGAAGGUGGCCCCGGCGGGGCGGGGCGCAUGCGCGGCAGCUCCCCCUGGGGAAGGGCUGAGAGGCGGAGCGGGGCGGCCAGCUGUGAGCCGAGCGGAGCAGGGUCAGGAUGGACGAAGACGUGCUGACCACCCUGAAGAUCCUCAUCAUCGGCGAGAGUGGCGUGGGCAAGUCCAGCCUGCUCUUGAGGUUCACAGAUGAUACUUUUGAUCCAGAGCUUGCAGCAACAAUAGGUGUUGACUUUAAGGUGAAAACAAUUUCAGUGGAUGGAAAUAAGGCUAAACUUGCAAUAUGGGAUACUGCUGGUCAAGAAAGGUUCAGAACAUUAACUCCCAGCUAUUAUAGAGGUGCACAGGGUGUUAUAUUAGUUUAUGAUGUCACAAGAAGAGACACCUUUGUUAAACUGGAUAAUUGGUUAAAUGAGUUGGAAACGUACUGCACGAGAAAUGACAUAGUAAACAUGCUAGUUGGAAAUAAAAUUGAUAAGGAAAAUCGUGAAGUUGACAGAAAUGAAGGCCUGAAGUUUGCACGGAAGCAUUCCAUGUUAUUUAUAGAGGCAAGUGCAAAAACCUGUGAUGGCGUACAGUGUGCUUUUGAGGAACUUGUUGAAAAGAUCAUUCAGACGCCUGGACUGUGGGAGAGUGAGAACCAGAAUAAAGGAGUCAAACUGACACACAGGGAAGAAGGGCAAGGGGGAGGGCCCUGUGGUGGUUACUGCUCUGUGUUAUGAACUCUGGGGAGCUCCAUCUCUUGCGUAUUUGAUCGGAUAACGUCAUCUUUCUGUAUAUAAACUCUUCAACUGCUAUUUUAGGGUCCUUGCAGUUUGCACAUAUUUGUUUUGUAUCAUGGCAGUAAAUACUUGCGAGAAAUCCCACUUAUCGACUGUUUCCAGGUAAAACAUUAUGGUAAGCAUGCAUAGUUUGCAAUCUGCAGUUUUUUAUGUAACAUAAAAUAGGUGUACCUUUAUAAGUACAUUUGAUUUUAUGAUUUACAUUCAUCAUGUGAUUUUUUAAAAAUCCACUUAUCUAGUGUAUGUUGAUACAAGGUCUAUUUCUGGUGUCCUUUUCAUUUAAAUACUCAUCAAUUACUGAAUUAAUUGGUAUGUAGAACUCCUAGGACCACUGAGAGACAUACAGGUAUCAUCAAACCUGGCAAAUUUCCCUUCAGAAAUAACAAAGAGCAUGAUUCCAUAACUUUUCUAGGAUGUUUGCUGAUGGAUUCUCUUUUAGUACUAAGCCAAUUUCUCUUUACAGGAUGUAGUCCAGGCCAAUUUAUAAUUAAAUCUCUGUUUGUUCUGAUGAUGCUUCUAAAAUAGCAUCGAUAUGUUAAAGAAGUUUGGUCUUACUUUUAAUUUAGUUCACAAGUAGCUCAGUUGCUUAACUGGAGUUUUAAUUCUGUGAUAUGUACAUGGGAUUCAUGACCCUUUGUGCAGCAUUUUUGCUUAUGUGGUAUUUGACAGGAUGGCAAUAAGGUUUCCCCCCAUUUUGUUUUCAGAAGGACAGGAAUGGUGUGUUUACGUAACUCAUGUAGUACUUUGACCACUUUUAGAAACAACACCUUUUUCCAUAAAUGUUGGUGGUGUUUGUGCAAGCACUUCAGUCGUAGCUUGUGUAAUGUUAAUGAAUAUCUGUAUCUUAUGACUUCCAUAAAUGGCUAGUUGAUACUCAAAAGCCUACUUCUGUGUUUUGAGGGUUGGGGGAAAAGACACUAAAUUAUAAUUUGAGAAAGGCAUAUUGCUUCCAGAUUUUGAUGUGUGUGGGAAAAUACUGUUGCAAUGAAAAUCUUGGUAAUUUACUGUAACAAGUAGCCAAUAGUUUAUCAAAACCAACUUGUACAGACUAAUAAAUCUUUUCCACAGUAUUCAGUUUUCUAA